AGCUGUCAGUCAAUGGAGGUCCCGCCCACUCGGAGCCUGCUUGCACGUCGCGAGGAGAAAAAAAACCCACAGCAGCAGCAGUGGCCGUUGGGGAAGAGCGUAAACAGAGAGAAGCCUCAAGAUGGCUGACACGCAGGGCUCUGUUCACCUCACUGGAGCCGUAGCCGUCGUACCUCACGCCGUAACCUCCGUCAAGAACAUGCUCGGGAAGCCCGCCGAGGUGAAGGGAGCCCCGGACUACCGCUCCCAACCUCCCCGGGAUUUCAACUCGCCGCCGCCCAAGAAGGUCCGAGUCGAGGAGAGGAACGUUAAACCGAAGAAACUCGGCGUGGAGUCUAGCGACGCUAGCGGGAAGGAGAAACUCCAGCCUUCCGCGAAGCAGCAGAGUUACGGCGGCGCGGGCGUGUGGAGCUUUAGCCCGGUGAAGACCGGCGGCGGAGGCAGCAGCAACAAUCCCCCGACGCCUGCUGCGGGCGGCGGAUCACACAAAGUCUUCAAACAGAGCGACUUCUUCCUCCACAAGGCGCCUUCUUCCUCGAAACCAAAGUGCAAAGAUAAACAGAAGGACAAGGGAAAAGGAGGCGGGGAGGAGAAAAAGAAACACAAACUGUUGACCUCCAUACAGGGGAGUAACGUAACCAACAACAACGAUAUCAGCAGGUUUAACAACAUUUCACCAGUGAAGAGGGAAAAUGGAGAGGUCACAUUUACAGCCAAAGAGCACUCCCCCAAGGACAAAACAAAGGAGGCGGAAAAGAAGAAAGCCAAGGAACAAGAGAGGGAAAAGGAGAAGAAAAAGCACAAACUGACAAACGAGAUCAAGAGGGAGAACGGAGAAGUCAAACAGCCGAUUAAAGAAGAAAAAGAAAAAGCGAAGAUCAACUCUGAGGAGCUGCAAAUCAAAAAAGUCAAAAAGAAAAAGAAAAAGAAACACAAAGAAGGAGAAAAGCAUAAGCGAGUCAAGAUGUGUCACCGCUCCUGCCAAACCAUCUGUGCUGGCCUUCUUCUUCUUCCUGGUCCCUUGUUGACGACCAACUCUUCCUCCUCCGAACUGACAAACUCCUCUCUGUCUCCGUUUAAAUCCCCUCUACCCGUUUACCCCGUACCCAACGAGAAGAACUCGCCAUCGAAAUCUCUCUUCAACUCCUCUCCACCCAACACCUCACCCGUGAAGGUUGCCUUUCCAACAAAACCACGCCCACAGAGCGCCUAUCCUGGGAUGGCAGGCUUGGAGUUUGCCUCUUUCAUUCAUAUAGAGAACCAGCCUAACGGAGGGGCUCUAAUAGCUCAUGCCUACACCUCCCAGCUUUCCUCUCUGUCAGCUGACCAGAGGCGGAGAUUUGCUCAAGAAUUUGUCACUUUGGCAUUCAGUGAGGACACUUCACAGGCAGCUCAUUAUGUCAUGGGAAUAGUUCACGGAGAAGCGAAAUACUUAACGGACUUCUUGGAUUACUUUUCAACCAAGUUCCCAUCAGUUCCUGUCAAAAUGGAAAUACUGGGAAAGAAAGACAUAGAAACUACCACCAUGUCAAACUUCUACUCUCAGGUGAAGAGAACGUACAGUCACGGCACGUACAGAGCCGGAGCUAUGAGACAGAUCAGCCUGGUGGGAGCCGUGGAUGAGGAGGUUGGGGAUUACUUCCCUGAAUUCCUCGGGAUGCUGGAGGAGUCUCCCUUCCUAAAGCUGACGCUCCCUUGGGGGACGCUCUCCAGUCUAAGUCACAUGAGUCCCACAGAGAGCGACGACGGUCCGAUAAUGUGGGUCAGACCUGGAGAGCAGAUGAUACCAGUAGCAGACGUACCAAAGUCUCCUUUUAAAAGAAAACGCUCCACCAAUGAAGUAAAGAACCUGCUGCAGUCGCUGCCCAGGACCAGCGAGCCCCGAGAGAUGCUGUUUGAAGACCGGACUCGGGCCCACGCCGACCACAUCGGGCAGGGUUUCGAUCGGCAGACCACAGCAGCUGUGGGGGUGCUGAAGGCCGUCUGCCCUGUAGACCGCUUGGAGCCGCCACGUGUAACCAAAGAUGUUGUGUGUUUCCAUGCUGGGGAUUUCCCUUAUGUGGUUCAGAGGCUGCAGUUGGACUUGCAUGAACCCCCCCUGUCUCAGUGCGUGCAGUGGGUGGACGACGCCAAACUCAACCAGCUGCGGCGGGAGGGCAUCCGUUACGCCCGCAUCCGCCUGUGUCACGACGACGUGUACUUCAUACCGCGCAACGUGAUCCACCAGUUCAAGACGGUGUCUGCCGUCUGCAGCCUGGCCUGGCACGUCCGCCUCCGGCAGUACCACCAAGGAGAAGGAGAGCCGGAGAGGGAGGUGAAGGGAGAGUCGGAGGCGGGAACUGGGACAGUGAAGCAGGAAGUAGAGGAGGAGGAGGAAGCAGCAAAGAAGGAAGAAGAAGUAAAGGAGGAAGUGGCAGAAAAUGGGAUGUCGCUUCCUCCCCAAGCCGAUCAGCCGUUGUGUUCUCCGCCUGCUGAGAAAGAUCUCCCACAAGUGAAGACGGAAUGUGUGACUCCUCCCGUCUGUAAGAACAAAUCUCGUCUUCCUCUGACGCUGCCAGGGCUCUCCUACUCUCCUCUUCAUCAGGAUCCUAAUCCCAAAGCCUCCUCCCAACCUCCUCAGCAUCCCUCUGGCAGCAGGACGUCUUCCAGUAAACCCUCCUUCUGCUCCGCCUCCAAAUCGUCUUCCACCUCCGCAGCGGCUGCACCCUCAGCAGCAGCCCCCCCUCCGUCUUCUACCUCUUCACCUUCAGCGGAGCAGCCCUCCUCUUCCUCUCCCCCAUCGGAAACUCUCCCCUACGCUUCCUCUCGGCCAGAGCCCCCCAAGGACCAUGUCCACCCGACGCCGGCCGUCCCUUCAGACGCGCGGACCGCGCCGCAGUCGGAGGUUCGAACAUUGCCGCCUCCUGCGGAUGCGCAGACGCCUCAAACGGACACCCGGACGCUCCCCGACCGGUGGGCUCCCGACUCGGACUCCAGGACUUCUGCGGAGGUGCAGAUGCACCCGCCGCCACCGCCGCCUGACACCGGCAGGCGAGGACUCUACAUGCAGCAAUACUCUCAACUCCUCCCACCUCCUCCUCCUCCUCACCUCUCCCAGAUGCUGCCUCCCUCUUUCUCUCCUCUUCUGGCUCCUCCCCAUCUGCCCCACAGACCUCCUAGCCUCCCCCCACAGACCCUAAACUCCUACUUGGGUCAAACUGGGCCUCCACACUCAGUCCACCUGGCGGGCGUCACCACCCAGUCCCCGCCGUACUUCCAGCCCCCUCUUUAUUCCCCCCUCCGCCGCGGCACGAUGAGGAGCAGAAGCAGAUUUUCUAAGAGUUUUUGUACAUACUGGUGCAAACAUGACUGUAAAGGGUUUCUGUCGGCCGUCCUGUAAACCUGUACAAAGGAGGGAGGGGGCGGAGUCACUCUCAUCCCAGACUGCUGGACCCAACCUUUGUUGUUUUUAAAUCUGGGGGGGGUCUUUGAGUCAUCAAAGUGUGCAACGGUUUUUAGUUCAGCCCUAAUCGACCCGGUCUGCCAAACUGCUGUCUGCUUGUCCUGAGGGGGCGGAGCUACCCCAGGAUAUAUCAGAUCACCUGCGACCCAUUGAAUGAAGAAACAAAAUAGGAACAUUUUUUGGAAGACUUUUCAUCAAAAGUUGCAGCUAACGCUUCCAAUAUUUAAGUUGACCCCAAGUUGGGCCACACAGGGAUUUUUAAUUUCCUCUGAGCACAUUUCAUUUCCAGCAGCAGACGCUCUAUCAGUUUUAUUUAAAGUCUGCAAAGGAAAGAAUCUAUUUUUAAAAGACUUCCUACAAUAAAUUGAAAUCAUAAUUUAAAAACAUCACUACAUUAAGCCUGGAGUAGCCUUCAGCUGCUCUCAGAACUUCAGUUCUCUUUUUGUGGUUCUCGGCUGUGUUGAAGCGUCCUAGUUUCCCGGCGCCAGGCUCUCUCUUGGCAGCUAAUGCAGAAUUGGACCCUAGCGAGAAACGGCCUCCAGAGUCUCAGGAAAACAACCGAAACCACAAAAAGCGUCCUAGAAGCCCAUCAGUCCGACAGUUUUUCUGGACACCUGAACGCGUCAGACAGCCGUCAUUCACAGAGCAAUACACGCAUGCAGGAGGUCAGGACUUCCCAGCUGGGAACUCUGCAGCACUUUCUAAUAUCAACUCGUGUAAAUACAGUCGGAGGAAAAACUUUACGCCAGAUUAUCAACGAGGACAUUUCAGGUUCUUCUGAGACUUUUAAGAUCAAAUUCACACUUUAAAAAACGGAAGGCACACUGUCGAGAGCUCCUUUCCAAAGCACUAUUUAUCUAUUUAUCUGAAGUCCAGUUUCUCUACAGUGUUCCUGUAUUUUAAGUGUUUAUUUAUCAAGCGGGGACUGAAGUGCUCCCAUGUGUUUGUUUUUAAAAGUCCAUUGAAACUAAGAGGUUUAUGUGAAGACUCUCUCGUGCGAGUGCAUGUCCCUCGCUGAGCUUUACUUUUUAACAGCCCACUUGCUAAUGUAGCCCUCAACAUUUCCCCAGUGCCUGUGUUUAACUGCUGAACUACUCAAAGGUCCAGAGACACACACGGCUGGAGUUCUGUCCCGCUUUUACGUUUUCUCUGGAACAUUUCCGCCUUAAAUGGUCUCAAAUCUACCGAAAGGCCUCUGGAUUCCUGAGGUUUAGGAUCGGAAAGGAAAAACCUAAAAGCAAGGUUGUAUUUUUCCUGAAUUUGUCUCACCACAAGCCUGAAAACAGUAUGAAAGAUAACGCCUUAGCUUCUUUUUUUAUGCCUCAAAAGAACUUUUGUUUUUGAAGACAGAACUCUUCUCUGUGUCGCUCUGGGAACAUCAAGUCAGUAAUUACAGACUCGUUGCCAGGCGCUCUGCAGCUCUUUUAAUGCUUUUAGAUGUUACAGAAACAUGACAGGAACUUCUAUAUAUUUUUUGUACAAAAUGUGACAAAAGUUACGUUAGAAAACAAAGGCGUCCUCAGGGACUCGCGUUUGUUUUCACAGAGUUUAUUUAUCGCAAGUUUGUUUCUCAUUUCAAGUUUUUAUUUUGAACUGUCAGCACUGUAGUGUACAUAAGAAGUUUUGUAAAGAGGACAAAACUUGUAGUGUGGUUUCUACUUUAAAUAUGAACCGAGCUAAUAAAAGGUUCAGCGGAAGAAA